GAUUAAUUGGGGGUGUUACCGCCCAUUUCAGGCAGUUGACUGUCAUGUCCGAAAUGGCCAGUUAUCAGGUAACCCUGUAUAUCACGCACAUGGACGUGCGGGGGAUCGUUGCCAGCUAAAGCCUCGUUGGUGGAGCUCGCUAGCACCAGAGGUUUUAUAACCAACAUGACGGCGACCCGCACAAAACACAGCUUGUUGGGUGUCUGCGUCCUUACCUGUUUUAUCUUCCUGCUGUGUUGCACCUGCACUGGAGCUGUAGCCGGGCGGAAAAUGGCCUCUCACCACCCCACGUUGAGGCGCAGCCGUCGGAGUCAUCAGAGCACAAAGCACAAAGGUGCGCACCACCGGCCGCUGACGGACGAACAGAAAGCCGACCAGAACCUACAGUUCAUGCUGAGCUUGUACCGGAGCGCAACCAAACCGGACGGAAGGCCGAAACAGCACCGAAAGUUCGGCUCCAACACCGUCCGCCUACUGAGACCUUCGGCGUCGUCGCUGCACUACCUGCCACAGUCAAAGGACCACCACUACACCUUCACAGUUCAUUACAAACUGGACACUCUGCCUUCAGAGCAGCUGAUCAGAGCCUCGUUUAUCCACCUCCGCUCUUCUUCCUCCACAACUUCCAGCACCACCCAAGCCCCUAAGCUGCCACGCUGCAUGGCUCAGAUCACCUCACUUGGCAAGGAGAGCCUGGUCACCCUGGAGCCCCAUGAACGGUGGACAGAGACCGACAUCACAGCACACGUGAGUGGACACGUAGUGCAGAGGAAGAACCAGGGCACCGGGGGACACUUAUCUCUCACUGCCCAGUACUGGUGCACAGAACUGGGGCUUACUAAAGGGGACAGCAGCUUCUUGUGGUGGUGGACUCCUCUGCGUGGGAGUCAGAGAGGGGAACCUCACCUUGAAGCCCCGUCUCUUCUUCUGUACUUGGAGGAAGAGAGGGAAGUGAAGGACUGGAUGGGGGAUCUGCUGGGGAUUGAAGGGCAAAAGAUCAUGAAGCAAAUAGGGCAGUGGCACCCUUCAGUGCGCCGCCGUCGCUCCGAGGACAACUCGUCUUCAGAGCCGAAAGAUCCUUCAUUGGAUGCUUUGAACAACUCUUCCUCUGUAUCCUCCACCCCCUCGGCCUCCAUCAUCUCAGACAUCCCUAACUACAAACGCAAAACCAGCAUCCCCAGGAACCGCUGUAAGCUUCACUCCUUCCGCAUCUCCUUCGACAAGCUUGGCUGGGGUCACUUCAUUGCCCCGCCGGUGUACAACCCUCGGUUUUGUCAAGGCGACUGCCCAAGGGUGCUUCCCUACGGCUACCAUUCCCCCAACCACGCCAUCAUCCAGACAGUCAUCAAAGACUUGGGUGUUGGGGACGUUCCUCCUCUGUCCUGUGUGCCUUAUAAGUACAUGCCCAUGAGCGUGCUGGUUGUGCACAAGAAGAAAGUGGAGUACAGGGAGAUGGAGGACAUGGUGGCAAAGUCGUGCACAUGUCGCUAACUCAGCAGUCUUUAAUAACUUGAAUAUGCUUGGCACUGAGAACACAGACUAAAGGGACUAGACUUGAUGGGGGGUCAUUUGUUUGAUUCACAGCUUGCCAACUAACCAUAAUGACCUCAAGACUGGAAGGUGAGCGAUGUUGUAGUUUCAGAUAUUCGACCCUGUUAAAGCACAUUAAAAGGCAGCUGGUGAAUAUGAACUAUGGGCUGUACAGAUGGGACAGGGGGCGGGGGGUCCCUACUUUGUGAUUUAAUAACUGUACUGUGAUCCUGUGUGGCACAAAGCACUGUGCAGGUGACUAUGCAGGUAGUUAAAUUAUAGUCACCAGCCUAAUUGUCCUAUUUGAAGCAGGGCUGGUAAGUUUGGACGUGUUUUAUACCACUUGAAGGUAACUAAAUUAAGUGGCAAUUUAACCAAACGGAACCUUCCAGAGUAACUUUACAAUAUAACACUGUGGCACAGUGCGAGAUCAAGUUAGACUGCUAAAAUACUUUUAAACAACUGUGGAUGCAACUGUAAAGACCUUGUGAUGUUACAUUUUUGCUGUUUACAUAUUUAUAACGGGAGGGGUCUUGAGAAACUUCUGGUGCUGCUGCUGCUGACCUCUUGUAGAAAAACAUUGAAAGAUUAUGAGGAGGUGUAGCUUCUUGAAAAAGUAAAGUGCUGUAGUGGAAAGAAUGCCAUUUUUAUUACAAGGGAAAAUGAAUAAUAAAAUAAAAUGCAUGUUUUCUAAAGCCUAA